AUGCCUGGAUUCUUGGAGGUGAUUAUGAACGUCGUCGAAGAUGCGACAAAUGUUUCCGGCGAGAAGGAAUGUGGGCCAGAAGGCGAUACGGUGGACCAGAACCCUAACCACAGUACGGAAGAAGAAGAAGAAGAAGAAGAAAAAGAAAAAGAGGAAGAAGGAGAAGAAGAGGAAGAAGAAGAAGAAGAAGCAGGAGAAGUACCAGGCGGAUCCCCAAAGAUCUAG